AUGUACAACCCGUAUCAGCAGAGCGGGGGGCCGGCGUACGGCGCGGACGGGUACGGGCAGCAGGGCUACGGGCAGGCGUACGGGCAGCAGGGCUUCGGGCAGGCGUACGGGCAGCAGGGCGGGGGGUAUGAGGCCGGGCCGGCGGCGACGUACACGGCAGGGGCGGCGCAGCCGCUGCGGCCGACGGCGACGGGGUUCGUGAACGCGGCGGCGAGCCGGGGGCUCAACACAGAGCUGAAGAUCCCGCUGUUCCGACUGUCGUUUCUGACUGCGGCGGACCAGGCGAAGUUCGAGACGCUGUUCCGGUCGGCGGUGCGGCCGGGGGCGACGACGAUCACGGGGGAGGACUGCAAGCACAUCCUGCUGCGGUCGGGGCUGUCGCCGUUUCAGCUGGGGCUGAUCUGGACGCUGUGCGACACGAACAACGCGGGGGAGCUGCUGUUCCCGGAGUUCGCGCUGGCGAUGCACCUGGUGAACGGCGUGCUGCAGGGCGAGCGGAUCCCGCGGGCCCUCGACUCGAAGGUGAAGAACGAGGUGAGCAGCUUUGUGGACCUGAUAAACUUCAGUGUGGGGUCGAACUCGCCGCCGCCGGAGGGGCAGAAGGCGCGGACGCCGUUCGACGCUCUGACGCAGGGCGCGGGAACGCUGCAGCCGCAGGCGACGGGCUUCAUGCCGCCGACGUCGUUCGGCGUGCCGCAGGCGACGGGGCUGGGCUUUGGCCAGGCACCCAUGCAGCCGCAGGCGACGGGCUACAUGCCGCCGACGUCCUUCGGGGCAGGGCUGGGCGCGCACACGACGGGGGGGAACGCGCUGGCGUCGCAGAUGACGGGCGGCCUCCAGCAGUACGCGGGCGGCGCGUUCCAGAACUACCAGGCGACGGGGGGGAAGGGCCUCGGCGCGCAGGUCACGGGCGGCUUCGCGCAGCAGCCUGCGGGCGCCAACCCGCUGCUGUCCCAACUGACUGGCGGCCAGGGCUUCCAGCAGCAGCGGCAGCCCACUGGCGCGAACUCAUUGAUGCCUCAGGUCACGGGCGGCUUCCAGCAGCCCAGCAACGCCAUUGGCUCCCAGCCACCAGCGAUGGGCAUGCCACAGGGAUUGUCCCAGGGGCAGUCCGUAGGGCUGCAGGCGCAGGCUACCGGCUUUCUACCACCAUCGCAAUUUGCGCCCACCGCGCCUCUUGCGGCUCAGAAAACAGGUUUUGGAAACAAUGAAAUAUACAGUCAUGCGGCCUUUGCAUCUGGCUUCCCGGCUGGCGAGGAUGAUAAGCUCACUCCUGAGGAAAAGUCCUUGUUCUACAACAUAUUUGAUACCUAUGACACCGACAAAACAGGGCAACUACAUUUCAAGGUCGCCGCUGAAAUAUUUAGAAAGUCGGGGCUCAACCGCAGCGAGUUAGAGCGCAUCUGGAACUUAUGUGACACCAACAAUUCCGGGCAACUAAACAGACAAGAGUUCGCUGUGGGUAUGCACUUGAUAUACCGGCGAAUCAACGGUCACAACUUGCCGCACACUUUACCGCCCAGCUUGGUGCCCUCUAGCACGCGUAUCUUGAACAAUGUGAAAAACCAGCUCAAGGUCAGUUCUAGCAGCAAGAAAGAGCCUACAAGAAUUGACGGUCUAGCUUAUAAGAAUAAUGACGAUGAUAUCUUGCCCAGCUUCAAGAACCGCAGAAAGACCUUCACUGAACCGCGGCAGUCGAAGGACAACAAAACCGUCGAUGACCUGAAGAAGUUGGUUGAAGAAAAGCGUCGCAAGCUUGAAUCUGAGAGGAGUCAAUUAUCGUUGAGACAGAAGGAUCAGCAGAUCAAGGAUGAAGAAACGAUGAGGCAUGUCGACUCCCUGAUGCACCAGAUCAGGAGCCUUCCAAUGAAGAAACAUGCUGCAGUGCCUUCUGAUAUGAAAGCAAGGUUUGACUCUCUAACUAGCAGCAUUUCGACACUGUUCAAUAACAUCGCGGAAAUAGACGAUGAAAUAACCAAUGCCAAGGUGCACUUGUACCGCUUGAAGAACCCAUCAUCUAUCGUUGGAAGCGGGCCAAAUGGUGAAGUCACUGAAUAUGACCAAAAGAAGGCAAGACAAAAGGCAGUUUUGGCUGCACGCAUGGCUGCUCUGACAGGUACUCCAAUUGAAACGCCAUCUGAAGCUGACUUAAGAAGAGAAGAGCAGGGCUUAAACGAAGAAGUUGCUAAAAUUAAAGAAGAGAGUAGGAAGAAUCAGGAGAUCCUCAAUGACAUUAAGAGUUCCAUUACUGAAAUCUCCGCCCCCAUCAGUACAUUCAUAUAUGGGUCUGGAAAUGCUGACAAGGACCCUGCUUAUGAACGGUGGGAACUUGGAAUUGGUUUGGAGCCUGAGGUCUGCGAUUUUAUUCGAAAGCUGAAGGAGACCCAGACUCAAGCCCAGGCACAGGAACAGGCGAGAGCACAGGAACAGGCGAGAGCACAGGAACAGGCGAGAGCACAGGAAAAGGCGAGAGCACAGGAAAAGGCGAGAGCACAGGAGCAGGCUAGGGUCCAGGAACAGGCUAGGGCCCAGGAACAGGCUAGGGCCCAGGAACAGGCUAGGGCCCAGGAACAGGCCAGGGCCCAGGAACAGGCCAGGGCCCAGGAACAGGCCAAGGCAGAUGCCGCAAGCCGCGAGAGUACUCGGAGUCCGGAGGAAUUUGCGAGAUGGCCUCAAGAUCAAAGUCCAUCCCACCCUGGUUUGACAGCUUCUGUUUCCCCCCAGAGCCAGAGUGUGUCUGUCAGCAACAGAGGCACCCCCCAACUUGGUCAACAACAAAUGGGAUCCGGAUUCUAUUCAGACUACCAAUCUGCUGACGCUAGAGCCGCUUAUGUCAGGCAGCAAUCGCAAUUGAAACAGCCUGCCCCGGCUCCGACCAGUACUACUGACUUUAAUAGUGAGGACGAGGAGGAUGAAGAAGAAAGAAGUCUAAGAGAACAGCUAGCAGCUCUGAAAUUGAAGAGAAAAGCCGAGAAGGAGGCGAAGCUCGCAGUCGGUCGGAACCAGACAGGGGCUAGUCAGGAUCCAGCCGUCAGAGCUAGUCCAGAUGAGUGGGACGAACAACCAUCUAGGCCAUCGCAUACACCUGUGUACUCAACGAGCCCGGCAAUGGCUAGUCAGGGAGAGCUACCAAAACAAGGUUCAUCUGCACCACAUCUUCAUCCUACUACAACUGGUGACAGAAGUCCUUUCUUCAAGCAGAAGCAGGGUAGUACUUCUACUUUCGACUUGAAAGCCGCUGAACAACAGCGGCGCCUGCAGCGGGGCUUGGAUGACGGUGAUGGGUGGUCUGACGAUGAGGACUCUUCCUCUAAGCCCACACAGCCGACAGCUACAACCUCUGCGACAGAUAUUCCUUCAUCUGGUGCAGAUUCUGGUGCAAGGGCGCCCGUUUCGGCCGCUCCCGCCUCAAUUGUGCGUCCAGAUGGCUCGACUGCUACACAACCACCGGUCGUUCCGUCGCCUCCUGUUCCGCAACCAGGACCUUCAUCAGGCGCACCCAUCCCCAUCGCUCCUCCGUUACCCACUCUAAACGGGCAGCAAGCAGGCCCAGCACCUUCAGUAGCUCCUACUGGACAUGUAGAGAGAGCCGCAUCGCAGCCACAAAUUAACGAUGGUAAUGAGGACGAUGAGGACUCUGACGUCUUGUCCAUCCCUGAGUCUGUGGAAUCUGAAGAUGGGAAGGACCAGUACACUACCGCGAUCCCGGAGAUUCCAUACAUCCCUCCACCUCCACCACUGCCAUAA